UCUCCACCAUUUCGCUGCGUAAAGUCCCCUCCCCGCGACCGCUACAUUCUGCGCCGAAACCCAGUCUCUCCCGGUCCGUAUAUUAACUUCUUCCCACCGACCUAGUGGUACCUCGUUGGGUACCGGGAGACAGUUUGGAUUACUGGCAUUACGGAUUGAGUGCGAUUUUGCGCGGAUGACGACUCCUUCAACGAGAAUUUAGUAAAAGAAAAUCGGUCGGAAAUUUCAGAAUAUGUGGAAGGGACCCUAAUUUCAGCAUCCUGGAAGUAGAAAGCACAGAAGAUCUGUGUCUCACACCACAGACAGGUGCAGUGUGUAGCCGGAGCAGCGCAGAGGAAGGACGCACUGGGGAGGAGGUGGUGCGGCAGCGUGCCCCUCCGGCUGUGGAUGUGCUGGGUGGAAACCCCCAGGCUGCACAGAAUGUGGCUGGGGAGUCGCCUAGGCGUGGCCCGCAGCCGGUCGCGGCUGCCCCCCGCCCCGUCCCUCCGCUUGCCCGUCUGUACGCUGUGCCGGCGCCGCAGGGCACCGACGACUCGGCGUUCGCCUGGACGGAGAGCGCCGCUCGGAUUCUCCCAAUCCGCAGCGAUUCGGAAGAGGUCGGCCUCGUCGGAGUUUCGACGCCUUCGCCGACGCCCCUCCUCAGUUCCUCCGCUGGGAUGCAAAGCCCCCCUGCUCCCCUUUGUCCCCCUCUCGCCGCAGAUACCCAGAUCACUGGCACCUUGCAAGAGUUGCAACACGGGUCACAAACUGAUAAAGAGAGCAGCCCCUCAAAUAGUCAGACAAACCAGGUUCAGACACCCAGAGAGAUGGCCGGACUUUUCGUUACUUCAGGGACUACGGAGAAAGGGUCUGUCACGUUGGAAUAUAAUCCAGAGACUGGAACAAACGUGGAACUUGGUGGAAAAGGACACGCGGGCGAAAAUAUUCUCCUCCCCAAAUCUCAAAUCCGUUUCACAGCAUCAUCUCCAUCUCUCCCCCAACCAGAUGUUGGCUUCAAAGUCAGAGACGCCGCGGAACUUCUGGAGCUGUCUGCCAGGGAGCCACUUUCAUCUCCGCCCCCUUUACCCGCAUCGGGCACCUGCGGGAUUAAACAAACUGACCUGUCAAACACACAACCCAACCUCACCGGAGAGCUACAAAAGGCAAACUGUUUGGAACCCGGGGAAAUGUGUGAGCGCGCCACGGAGCUCGUUGAAGCGUCUCACAAAGAUGGGCAACCGUCAUCUGCUGAGAGGCUUGAGACCGGAGAUGCGAGGGAACAGCCUCCUAAAGACGGCGACAUCCAGAGGACUUGCGAUCAACUCAAAGGAGUGCAGUUGGAAAGUAUUGUGAUGGAAGAACAAGCCAACUCCUCCUCGCUCGACUUCACGGUGCCGCCAGAGUGCUCCUCCACGCAGGAGGGCUCCUCUAAACCUUCCUCCUCGGGUCCGGUCGUCGAGGUGGAAAAGUCUCUCCCUGCUGAAGGAGUCCCAGAAACGACAACGACCGCAGAGCUUGUGCAUUCGGACGGCGCCCAAGAAAUCGUGGUCGUCGGAGAGGACACGCACAUCGCCGGGGAUUGGACCAACAUGCACCUGAACCAGAGCUACCUGCUGCAGCGGGAAGACGGCAGCGUCUGCGAAGCCGGCAUCAUCAACGAGCUCGGCGCCGGCCUUUUGGCCGGGGAGCAGGCGGCCAUCGAGUUGGACUCUCAGCGCGUGGAGGUGUACGAGUUCUGCACCCUGGUGGAGGAGGUUGCCGAGGAGACGGUGUGCGCCAGCAGCAGCAGUGCGCUGGCGCCUCACUCUCCAGGUUACGAGGUAAACCUAUUCAACGCAUUGCUCGAACACUCCGAAGAGUACACCGUCAAAGAUGAGCUAGAGCCUUCGGAUGGCGCUGUCAUUAUUCCCCAGCAGCCCCUGACUGCGUCAAACAGUAAUUCCACUAAUUUGUUCGUACAAACCUCAAGAACAGCUGCUGUCGGGCAGCAUUUGGUGUUGGAACCCGAGCGAGCCGCGGAGGCGGCAAACUCCGGGGAGGUUCGGUUAGUUGAAGUGACCGACGUUGCGGCCGACGCGUUCGCUGUAGAACAGGCAGAUGCUGGACUACAAAUGGUCAUAUCCCCGGUGGCGAUCGCCGGUCAGACCGCCGCAGUGCGCGAGGCCACAGCAGCUUGCGCUUCGACAGAGACUCAAUCACGGUGCAUCAAGAGCGUUUCUGUGCCGGUGGAAAUCAAAUCAGAGGCCCUCGGCGCCACCCGCUCUUCUGGUUUUAUAAAUCCAAAGCUGCUCCUUCUCAAACCGGGAGAUAUUCCUGUUCUGAAACACCCUCCCUCCCUUUUUGCCGGACAGAAUCCGGCCAGUAAACUGGCCAAUGCCCACAGCUCUUGGUCUGGCACCCUGUCUGAGGACUGCCUUCCCCAAACGCUGUGCUCCGUUGAUGAAACGUCUUUGCCCGCCACGAGUUGUGAUGCGCUUCACCCGGGCCAGACUGCAUCCGUCUCCCCCAAAACAUCACCAAACAAAUCUGACAACGAGGCCUUAACCGCUACGCAAAGUUCAAGCACAGCUGAUGCCGUCACCCCCGGGUGUGCUCCGACACCCAACAUCCUUCGCAUGCACCCGGCAUCAGAGGAGAGCGAGGUCGCGGCGGCCUCCGCCUACGAGGAGGAAGAGAGCGAGGACAUGGAGCAGGAACCGGAGGCCCAGGAAACCGCUUCGGGACAGAUCAGCAGUCCGGAAGAGGGCAGCGACGAAGAACCCGAUGCUGACAGGACGGAGAGCGAGAUGACCCCCAGCUCUCCUUCAAGGGUGAGCCAGUGGAUCGCGGACAGGAUCAACGAGAACGCGUCUCCCGUCUCGCCCGCCACUUUCCCUUCUUACCCCGGCCCCUCGCCCUCCAGCGACUGGUCCAGCCAGAGACGGGACAAGUCCUCGCCUCUCCGGGGGCCUCACGGGAAGUUUGUGUCUCCUAUCUCCGUUGGCGGCUACAGUUCCUGCUCCUCCUCCCCGGAUCAGGCCGCCACGCCUCAGCGACCCCGUGGAGAGCGCCACACAGGCAUGGCAGAGCUGGCUAAACAUGAAGCGGACAUCGAGCAUCGAACCCAGUCGCUGAAGCGAGAGGGCUUCUGGUCCACGAAGCGCCUCACCCGCCUAACGGAGCCGCCGCGGCCCAAGGUGCACUGGGACUACCUGUGCGAGGAGAUGCAGUGGCUCUCCGCCGACUUUGCUCAAGAGAGGCGGUGGAAAAGGGGCGUGGCGAGAAAGGUUGUGCGAAUGGUGAUGAGACACCACGAGGACUUGAGGCAGAAAGAAGAAAAGGCCAAGAGAGAUGAGCACUCCAAGAUCAGAAGAGUGGCCUCAUCUAUCGCUAAGGAGGUCCGGGCCUUCUGGAGCAGCGUAGAGAAGGUGGUGCAGUACAAGCAGCAGUCCCGAUUGGAGGAAAAGAGGAAGAAGGCUUUGGACCUUCAACUGGACUUCAUCGUCGGCCAGACUGAGAAAUACUCGGACCUCCUCAGCCAGUCGCUGGCGCCAGCUGAAACCGAACCGGAGCACGUAUCUCCGACUCCCCAAAAAUCUGCGCCGUCUGCCGCCGACGAGGAUGACAGAGACUUUGAGCCUCCCUGUGAGGAGGAGGACGACGAGGAGACCAUCGAGGUGGAGGAGCAGCAGGAGGGCAACGACGCCGAGAGCCAUCGGAGGGAGAUCGAGCUGCUGAAGGAGGAGGGCUUGCUGCCCCUGGACCAGUUACUCAGCACCCUCAAGCUGCCACAGGAGGCGGGCUCUGAUGAGGAAUGCUCUGAUGUAACUUCUUCAUCGGUGGAAGAGGACGGUGAAUUCACUGCCAAUGAAGAAGAUGCUCAGGAUGAGGAGGACACCAUCGCCGCCCAGGAGAAGGUCGAGGGUCAGGUGGAUCAUGCAGAGGAGCUGGACGACUUGGCUAGAGAAGGCGACAUGAGCGUUGAGGAGUUGCUGGAGAAGUACAAAGGAGCGUACGCCUCCGACUUUGAGGCCCCGUCUGCAUCUGGCUCCAAAGACAGCUCCGAUUCGGAGGUGUCUGGGGACGAGGAGGAGGAGACCGAUGAAGACGAGAGUGACGCGGAAACCAACAGCUCGUCCUCCGAUUCACAAGGAGACAGCGGAGCGGAGGACGACAGUGAGGACGAGGCGGAGGAAGAGGAGAGUGAGGAGGAAGACUGCUGCGGCGAUGAAGGGAUGGAGGUGUUGCUGAAGGAGGGAGACAACAGCCCCCCCUCCUCCAGCUCGCGGCCCAAGAAGGAGAUCAGCCACAUCGCUGCGACUGCAGAGAGCUUGCAGCCUAAAGGCUACACGCUGGCUACUACAAAGGUCAAGACCCCCAUCCCGUUCCUGCUUCACGGCACGCUGCGAGAGUACCAGCACAUCGGACUCGACUGGCUGGUCACCAUGUACGAGAAAAAGCUCAACGGCAUUCUGGCUGACGAGAUGGGUUUGGGCAAGACCAUCCAGACCAUCGCUUUGCUGGCUCACCUCGCCUGUGAAAAAGGUAACUGGGGUCCUCAUCUCAUCAUCGUCCCCACCAGUGUGAUGUUGAACUGGGAGAUGGAGCUGAAACGCUGGUGUCCCGGCUUUAAAAUCCUAACUUACUUUGGCAGUCAGAAGGAGCGAAAACUAAAGAGACAGGGCUGGACUAAGCCGAACGCCUUCCAUGUGUGCAUCACUUCCUACAAGCUGGUGCUGCAGGAUCACCAGGCUUUCCGCCGAAAGUCCUGGCGGUACCUGAUUCUAGACGAGGCCCAAAACAUCAAGAACUUCAAGUCGCAGCGCUGGCAGAGCCUGCUGAACUUCAACAGCCACCGGCGACUGCUGCUGACGGGAACUCCGCUCCAGAACAGCCUGAUGGAGCUGUGGUCUCUGAUGCACUUCCUCAUGCCGCACGUCUUCCAGUCCCACCGCGAGUUCAAGGAGUGGUUCUCCAACCCGCUGACGGGGAUGAUCGAGGGAAGCCAGGAGUACAACGAGGGCCUGGUCAAGAGGCUCCACAAGGUGCUGAGGCCCUUCCUGCUCAGGAGGAUCAAGAUCGACGUGGAGAAGCAGAUGCCUAAGAAAUACGAGCACGUGGUGCGCUGCCGUCUCUCAAAGAGGCAGCGGUUCCUCUACGACGACUUCAUGGCCCAGGCAUCGACCCGGGAGACGCUGGCCAGCGGCCACUUCAUGUCUGUGAUCAACAUCCUGAUGCAGCUCCGCAAAGUGUGCAACCACCCGAACCUGUUCGACCCCCGUCCCAUCCAGUCCCCCUUCAUCACCAAGCCCAUCGUUUUCCACACGGCCUCUCUGGUGCAGGACGCCCUGGAGGUCUCUCCUCUGAAGCGAUGCGACCUUUCCAUGUUUGACCUUGUGGGGUUGGAGAGCCGAGUGUCCCGGUACCAGGCAGACGUCUUCCUGCCGCGCCACAAGGUCCGCCGCCAACUCAUCCAGGAGAUCCUGGAGUCCCCCGACCCCCCUCCGAGGCCCAGACCGGUCCGCAUGAAGGUCAACAGGAUGUUCCAGCCUCCUCCUAAAAGUGAAAACCGACCAGUCCUUCUAAUGAACAAACCAACCUGCUCCGUACCUCCAGCAGCACAGAACCCCAAACCUCCUCCAGUCCCGGAGGUCUCUGCUGCUCCUCAAACUGCUCCUCAAACUGCUCCUCAACCUGCUCCUCAAACUGCUCCCGUAGUUCAACAAGUGGUGUGUACAGUGACAACCGCUGCCGCCCCCCGCCCCUCCAUGCACCCCACCGCUCAGAUCGCAGUGCGAUCCGGCGCUCCAAGGCCGGUGCUGACCGUACGCCCCCCCGCUGCUUCCUGCGCAGCCGGGAUCCCGGUCCAUCCCGGCCCCAACCCUGGCAGCGUCCUGCCCCAGAGGGUUCUGCUCAGUCCGGAUAUGCAAGCCAGGCUGCCUUCCGGGGAGGUGGUGAGCAUCGCCCAGCUGGCCUCUCUGGCGGGUCGGCCCGUGUCGUCGUGUCAGGGCAGUAAACCCGUCACCUUCCAGCUUCAGGGCAACAAGCUGACUCUGUCUGGAGCCCAGAUCCACCAGGUCCCUGGAGCUUCUCCGCGCCCAGUUCAGGGUAAUGUGAUGCACCUGGUGUCUAGUGGAGUGCAGCACCACCUCAUCAGCCAGCCAGCGCAAGUGGCUGUCCAGGGCAACACCCCCUCCACUGUGCCACCCACCAAUCGACUGGCUCUAAAUGCCUCAGCGCAAGUGCCCCCCUCCAUUAUGAGCAGCCCCGGUGUGGUGAAGAUCGUUGUGCGUCAGGCAGCAGGCAAGGACGGCGGGCCUGUGCCCACGCUGGCUGUGGCUCCUUCCCCCCGCGUUGCUUCUCUGACCUCCCUGCACCCGCACACCAACACGACCCCUGUCAGAACUGCCGCUCCACUGCAGAUCGCCCAGCGCACCCCUGGCCCCGCCACCGCCACCGCCCACUACACCAUAGCUCCUCCGGGGAACCCCGGCCCGACCCCCAGCCAGCCACACCCCCCUCGGCCCGUCCUCAAAGUAGUGCAGCCUCCUCCAUCGAGCGCAGAGCGGCCAGCUCUGGUCCAGGUGGCCUGCUCGUCUUCUACAUCCAAGUCCUCAGCGGCUCUGCGGGAAGGCGGCGGUCAAACGGCGCUCACCCCAAAGUCGAGGCCGGGUGCCGGCGUUAAGACCGUCCCUCCCCCCAGGAGAGUGCCCAGGCUCCCUCCCCGCUCUCCGUUCCACACGAAGUGGCUCGAGGACGUACACAAGCAGCAGCGCGACAGCCGCCUGGACUUCAUCAUUCGAGUCAACGAGAACCGCUGCGCGGCCAAACCCGCAUACGGCCGGGAGGUUUUAGACUUCCUGACAUUCCUCCCCGGGCCACGACCUGCGCCGGCCCCCCCGCGCCCUCAGAGGGAGUGGGGUCGCUCGGGCCACAGCAGCGCUCUGCACUCGCAGUGGGAGAACAAAUUCAACUUCAUGUGCCAGAGUCGUGCUGUGAGAGAGGCCAUCCACAGCGUGGAGGACCGGCUGGAGCUGCUCAACGACGUCGUGGACAGGUUUACAUUUGCGAUUCCCCCCGUGGAGGCUCCACAGAUCUCAAUACACUGCUGCCAUCCUCCUCCUUCUCUGAGCCACAAGCAGGCGGUCUUCUCCUCCCAGCUGUCCACUCAAGUCACUCCGCUUACUCGCAGUCUCCAUCGAAUCCAGUGUUACAUGCGGACCCAGUUCCCGGAUCUGAGGCUCAUCCAGUACGAUUGUGGAAAGCUGCAGACUCUUCACACCCUGCUGAGGAAGCUGAAGACCGGAGGCCACCGGGUGCUGAUCUUCACUCAGAUGACGCGCAUGCUGGACGUGCUGGAGCAGUUCCUCAACUACCACGGACACAUCUACCUCCGCCUGGAUGGAAGCACGCGCGUGGAGAUGAGACAGUCCCUCAUGGAGCGCUUCAACGCAGACCGCCGGAUUUUCUGCUUCAUCCUGUCGACGCGCAGCGGAGGCGUAGGCGUGAACCUGACGGGGGCCGAUACGGUGGUGUUCUACGACAGCGACUGGAACCCCACCAUGGACGCCCAGGCACAGGACCGCUGCCACCGGAUCGGCCAGACCAGAGACGUACACAUCUACAGGCUGAUCAGUGAGCGAACUGUGGAGGAGAACAUCUUGAAGAAAGCCAAUCAGAAGAGGAUGCUGGGAGAUAUGGCUAUUGAAGGAGGAAACUUCACCACAGCCUUCUUCAAGCAGGUAUUUACCAUCCGAGAGCUGUUUGAUAUGAGCGAAGGGGAGAAGAGGGAGGCGGCGGUGGAGCUAUCGGUGACCCCAGCCGAGGAGGAGGAGACUGUCAACAAGCAGAGCACCACCAUUCUGGAGCAGGCCUUGUGUCGAGCCGAGGACGAGGAGGACAUCGUCGCCGCCUCACAGGCCAAAGCAGAGCAGGUGGCAGAACUGGCGGAGUUUAAUGAAAAUAUCCCACUGGAUGAUGGAGGGGAGCAAGAGGAGGUGGAGGAGCUCUCGAAGGCGGAGCAGGAAAUUGCGGCUCUGGUGGAGCAGCUCACUCCGAUCGAACGCUACGCCAUGAACUUUCUGGAGACCUCCCUAGAAGACGUGUGCAAAGAGGAACUGAAGCAAGCCGAGGAGCAAGUGGAGGCUGCCAGGAAGGGCCUGGACCAGGCCAAGGAGGAGGGCCUGAAGCUCCACGCCUCAUCCGAUGAGGACAACGAUGACUUUUUGUCACCGCCGGCUUCUGUGGAGCCUUCUCAGCCGGCCCGCCGGGGCCGGAAACCCAAGGACAAGGCCGUCAGCUCUACGAGAACCAGUGGUCGUCUGCGCGGGGCCUCGCCCGAAGCGGAGCCGGAGCCCACUCGGGAAGUGCCUGAAAGACUCCGCUGUGGGUUGAGAGGACGAGGGGCUGCCAAAGACCCGAGUGCUGCGUCCGCCACCCCGCCCCAAACAGACCUGCACAAAACCCCAACAACCAAGCUUCACGAUGUCUCCAAAUCCCCUCCUGCCAGAGACCCACAGACCCUCAAAACCAAGACUCUGCCAAACCGCUCCCAUCCCAGUCCAGUGCCUUCCCCUCCCACAGCCUCCCCCCACGUGGGGAAACUACAGUGUGUCGGGGAGACUGACGGCAAGACCCCCGCAGCCUGUAGUCAGGACAAAGAGGGGGAGAACGACAGGAAGGCGUCCGACGCGCCGCUGGAGACCAGCUCCCCGGUGGACCAUCAGGCAAAAGACGACGACUGCGGCAAAGACCACGGCGCCGUGUCUCCGCCUUCUACCAGCUCCCGGUCGCCUCGCAAGCGGCAGUCAGCGGACGGGGAAGUCCUGCGGGGCCUGGUCGAAGACUCCCCUUCGGCCAAGGUCCUGCGGAAGCUCCCGGGGAGGUUGGUCACGGUGGUGGAGGAGAAGGAGCCGAGACGGAGGCGGCGGCGGGGAAGCGGCACCGGAGGCGGAGCUUCUUCGGAGGAGGCGAUCACGGAGGAAAGCGUCGACGAGGCGAGCAAAGACAACGCGUCGCCGAGCCCCGACGGCAAAAGCAAAGCGUCUGUUACCAGAUCUCCCCCGGAUCAGCACUCGGCUCCUAGUCCGGCCGUCCACCCGCCGCCCGUCAGGAGCUACCCUCCGUAUUCUCCACCACAUCUGUUUCCGGACAUGCCCGUGCUGAGGAAUCUCCCCGUGCGGCGGCGUUUGGAAACAGAAUCUCGCAUGGCCGCUCAGCUGGGGGAGCAACAGCAGCACCUGGGUCGAGGAAGGGGAUGGAACCAGUCCAGGAAAACGGACCCGUCGCCGGGCAAAGACGGCGCUUCAGCUUCCACAGAGUCCGAUUCUCUCGUGGCGCCUUUGAAAAGAAAGCGGGGGCGCCCCCCUAAGACUCCCCCAAGGUUACCGGAGCACGGCCGCACGGUGACACCCUCCCUGCAAAGGGAGGAGGGGAACCCCACUCUGUCCCCAAAACGUAAGCGGGGCCGUCCUCGCAAAGACGCCACAACAGAAACUGUCCCCACUGCCGGUGUGUGUGAUGGAUCAAAGACUGGCGCUUGUUCCGGGCCUCCGCCUGCCAGCAGGCCUGAGAUCCCCGUCGCUGCUCUUCUCACUACACGUCAGGGCCCCGAGGACGACGAGACCCCGAACCCCCCUCAAUGCCCCACAACAGAUCCCCCUGCCACACCAGCCGCAGUGCAAGCAGCCACACCUGCUAAACCUACACCUGCUACACCCACACCACCUACGACAGCUACACCCACGGCAUCCACACCACCUACGACUGCUACACCCACGGCAUCCACACCACCUACACCCGCUAAACCCACUGCACCCACUACACCCACAGCACCUACACCCACCGCACCCAAACCACCUACAACCGCUACACUCACAGCACCUACACCAGCUAAACCCACGGCACCCACACCACCUACGACGGCUACACCCACUGCACCCAAACCACCUACAACUGCUACACCCGCUGCACCCAAACCACCUACAACUGCUACACCCGCUGCACCCAAACCACCUACAACUGCUACACCCGCUGCACCUACACCUGCUACACCCAUACCACCUACACCCGCUGCACCUGCACCCCUUUCUGUUGUUCCCUCCACAUCAGCUCGAUGUGCAAGUUGUGCUCCAGCUAGCCCACCCACAGCAUUAACCCAGGUGUCCAGUGUUUCUAUGUCCAGUAUCCCAGCCACUUCUACCCCAAAUACCACCGCUCCAUUGCCCCUUGCCAGCACUGUCACAUCGACUCCAGCCGGUGUACAAACAACACUUUCCGGUGCUUCUAAAGCUCCAGCAGAACCAAAACCUUCAGUUCCUACAACUGCCGAAGCAACAGCGCCGCUCAAUACAACGUCAGUCCCACCACCAGCUGCCACCUCUCCAUCGACUGACUCGUCUUCUGCCGUGGUCGUCGACGCAGUGCCAGCGUCGGUCCCCGCCACAACCAGUACUGCUAGCGUGGCAUCAAAGCCAGGCAGCGCAGCACCAACAGUCACCACUACAGCAAAGUCAGUCACGACUAAAACUGCUCCUGUGACGGAUUUGUCAUCCACAACGUCUACUCCAACUUUUGUUCCCUCCACUGCUGCCGCCCCCCAGAAGGUUUCAGCCUCGACCUCAGCGACCUCAACAUCUUCCCCCACUACAGCGACCGUGAGAACGGUCCAAGCUAGUCCAACGGCUCCCAUCGCAGGUCCAACAGCGUCUGCGUCUUCUAGAACGGUCACAUGUUCUCCAAACGAGCCAAGGAGCAACGUGGCCGCUACCAAACCACCACCAACAGUGCAAGUGGCCACACACGGACCGGUGUGCUCGGAUAAGCCUUGUGCUGUGCCGCCCCUGACUACAGCCCCCGCCGGUGUGACUACACCCAAGGCCAAGACGUUUUCAGUAACUACACCCCCGCCAGCAGAGAAAGUCCAAGGGAAGACCGCCACAGCAGAAACCCCUUCCAGAGGGGACACAACUUCAACUGCCCCUCCCACAGAAAAGGCUGUCAACAUCCCCCCACCCCUAACAAGUACUACGCCAUCUCCAUUACCAACAGUCACCACAACUACAUCCUCACCAGAAAAGUCUGCUGCCACCUCGACCCCAACUACCCAGGCGUCCACCAUCCCCGCCCCCCCGGCGUCGGUAGCAACAGUCGCAGCCGCUCCUCCGUUUACUGCCACACAAAUAAGUCCAGUAACUCCAGUGCAAAGCUCCGCCUCCAGUGAUGUGACCCCACCAGUCCGGACGGAGGACCCGCCCCACAUACCCACACCUGUGUCCUUUAGUGUUUCAUCCGAGAAACCGUCCUUAGGACCAACACGCAUGUCUCCGGCUAAAGGGGACCCCGACACAGGGACAGAAAUGGAGGUGGACGAUGGAAGGACGAGCAAGGAGGGGGAGGAGGAAGAACAGGGGGACACUUGUAAGUCCCAGCCUAAAAGAAGAAGGGUGGAUAGUCCCUCAGAGACCAAAGACUUUGAGUCGGGAAAGGAAGGAGAUGCGGCGUCUGCAGCUUCCCCUCAGAAAGAAGAACCCAAACAGGUGGAGAAGACUACAGAAAACAAAGAGACCCCAAUCCAGAAAAGGCCUCAGAGUCGCCAAAGUAGCCGAGAGUCAGCCCGCUCCUCCUCUUCCUCCUCCUCGUCUUCGGGGUGCUCCACGUCAACCCUCACUCGUCACGCCCACCACAAGAGGACUUAUGAGAAUCGACACCCUGCCAAGAAGAGGCGGAUGGACGUCACCUCGGACACAGGAAAGGAGGAGAAGAGCCAACGGGGCGGGGAGAAGGGACAGGAAGGCUGUGACGAGGAGCUCGGGAGGCGGCGGCGGCGGCGCUCCAGGUCUUCCUCCUUCACCUCCUCUGACUCUGACAACAGUGGAAGCCGUAAGGAGCAUCGGCUGACUCGCUCGUCGAAGCGUGGGCUGCAAGACCAGGAGAGGAAGAAGGGCAACGGCCGGCAGGCAAAGAAGUCUGACAGAAACGCGCUGAACAACGCCAACGCGUCCACGGGCGGAGAGUCGGGCAGCGACACGUCUUCCGUCAGGAAGUCUGCGCUAGCUCCGCCUUCUCGGGCCGGUAAAGCUCAGGCCAACAGCGCGCCCCCCGAGCCUGAGGUUCUAGGGAAGAGGUGCUCUGCGCUCAACGCGGCGGCCAAGCUCCUGGCGAUGAAAGGCAGGGUGGAUACGCCCGGCCACACCCCUCGGAGAGACGCCGCCGCCAAGGGCUCCUCUACUGACAAGAACCAAAAGCCUAAAAGCAAAAGUGUACCGACCCCAUCACAGAGUAACUCUGUAAAUCUCAACCUCGCCAAUAACAAGAGCUGUGGCAGCAAGCCCGCCGUGGCCAAUCAGGUGCGCCGCUCCGCCUCCCGCUCCACCAGACAGUGCCCCGGCUCUCUGGUCCCGCCCCUCGACUUGUGCAAGAGGUCGAGAGCAGAAGAAAAGGAGGACGGGAGCAGGAAGUCGUCGGGGGGGAAGGAGGGCGAGCCGCCGUCCUCGUCCCGGGGCCACAGCGCCUGCAGCAGCAUGAGCAGCGACGGCGAGGCCGGAGGCGGCGAGGGCGGAGGUUGCGGACGCAGCAGCAGAAGCCGGAGCAGCAGCAGCAGCAACAGCAGUCAGCGCACACGCAGCCUCAGCUCCCAGAACACGGAGCACCGGGAGUCCCGCGCCGCCUCCUCCGGCAGCGAGCGGGGCCGCGGCCGGUCGGAGAGCCGGAGGGACCGCCGGUCCCACAAGCUCUGCGGGGAGGCCGCCAGCGGCUCGGGGGCCGAGGGCACGCCGGACCGGGUGCUGCGCAGCGUCGCCGCGCUGGCGGCGGUGCAGGCCCGGUCGCCGGCCGCCAGCACCCGGUCCUCCUCGGGUCACCACCGACGCAACAAGACAUGAGCGGAGCGCCAAAAGGAGUUAAAAGGAGAAGAAAAAAACGCAGCGAGACGGACGAAGCGGGAGUUCCCGUCGCGGGGGCCACGUUUACGGGAGCAUGUCGCGACCUCGGCGGGUUCUGCACAAGCUGGGGGCCUCCCUGCCUCUUGGGGCCUCUCCAAUCGGAGCUGGUCCUCUCACCAGCUCGGCCAACGUCACGCUGGGGGGAAGACUCAGUGGGGAUGUCGGGCAACAAAAAAAAUAAUAAUAAAAAGAAAUAAAAAGGGUGGCGCCAGCGGGUCGGUGCGCAGACGGAGGGACGGCACAGCGAUUUCAGCGCUGGGACUUUAGGGGGAGGCGGGGGGGACAAAGAUGCAAAGGCAAAGUUGUUAGUUCACAUUAUGUACUGUAAUCUCUAAAGACUGGAACACUCGGAUCUUCUGUGAGGCGGAUUAUACAGCGGCCUCCGUUAGGGUCGUAAACGAAGGCGUCAUUUGUGUGACAUUAAAAACCUUUGAGUGACCAGUUGUAUUGUAAGUUGGAGGUUUUUAGAGUUUGGUUUUGAACAUUUUCAUCGGCUGUCCUGACUAUUGGUUCUCUGUAGUCAGUUGAUAAGUUAUGCAUAUUUUAUUAUUUCUUCCAGGGUGUUUAGGAGGAGACCAGGUCUGUCGUUGUGAUCAAUGCUGGAGCUUCUUUGCUUCUCCCCUCCUCUUUUCGUCUUGUCAGUCUUCUGUUCAUUGGAUUCAUUUUUAAAUCCAGCCUUGUUUUUUCAUUUGCACAUGUGAUACAGUGGCCCUGGGCUCUGAGUACAUUGUGGUGUAGUGAUGGGGUUCAGUCAAUGAAUUGGUUCCUCGCCAUGUUUCUCCAACCAAUUUGAAAACGUAUCAAUUGAAGCUAAAGGUCUUAAAUAUUUGUUUUGCUUCAGUUCAGACACGGAGCAGUUUUCUUUCUCACCCUCUCAAAGGCAGUCGUAGUUACGGUUCACUUUGUAUUUAUAUCAGAAGAGCAAGAAAAUGUUAAAAUGAAAGAGUGCCUAUUUGGCCAAAUGGAUUUGAACCUCAGAUUGCCUUGUGAAGCAGCUGAAGCAUGGGUGUUGCUUCUCAUUUAAAAAAAAAAAAAAAAGUCCAACCUGCGAGCGUAGAGAAAAGCACCCGGUGCAUCAGUGCAACCAAAUUAUUGAUUUCACUUUUUUUUUUUCUUGUCACCACCUCCAUGUAAAAAAGUGAAUAAAAUGACUGGUACAGUUCCAGAUGACUGUAAUUUGUUUUUAUUUUUGGACUUGUGAAAGCUAUUUUGCGCAGAGGUGAUAUUUUGGGGGGGAGGGGUUAGUUUAUGGUGAUGGUCUUGUUUUUUUAUUUGUCUCUUCAUUUGUUGCAUUCCUUGUUCCCUUGUAAUUCCACAUUGUUUUACUUGAAGAAAAUUAAGACAAUUACAGUUGAAUAAAAGACCAAAAAUUA